UAGAAAGACACUGGAAUGGGCAAUAAAGAGAAGUCGAAAUGGGAAAUAAAACAUCACGUUUAAAACCCUCUGCAAUUCAAGAUUUACAAAAGAGUGGAGUAGAUUUUAGUGCGGACGAAAUACAAGAGUGGUAUGAAGAGUACCAGAAAAGCUGCAGGCAUGGUCGAUUUCUCACCGUCAAAGAGUUCAAGGACGUCUACUCAAAGAUAUUUGGCGGAGAUGCAACGGCCUUUGCAGAACACGUGUUCAGAACGUUUGACUCGGAUAAAAAUGGAAAAGUGGAUUUCAAAGAAUUUUUGAUUGGUUUGAGCGUGACUUCAAGUAGUGACGUUGAGAAAAAAUUGAAAUGGGCGUUCAGCAUGUAUGAUAUAGACGGAAAUGGUUCCAUCGAUAAAAAGGAAAUGACGUCAAUGAUGAGGGCGGUGUAUAAGAUGACCCCAUCAAUAAAGAAGCCUGAUGACGUCAGUACCCCUGAAAAGAUGACCCGGAAGUUAUUUGAAAAAAUGGACGCCAAUGGUGAUGGAGAAAUCUCAUGGGAAGAAUUUUAUGAUGGUGCCACGAAAGAUCCGUUAGUUCUGGCUAUGCUGCAGUUAAAUCCCGACUAAAAUAAACAACUCAAGCUAUCAUUUUGAGAUGACUAAUACUCUUUCUUUCAUUUUCAUAUUGAUACUGUUAAUCAAUUUUUAUUCACGAGAGCUUUAUUUUCGCGUAAUUACUCGAGUCUGUCUGCUUGCGAAAAUUACAUUCUCGCGUAUAUUUGUUAGAAAGAAUUACAGUAAAACUCGGUUAUAACGAAGUCAGUAGGACCUGUGAAAUUACUUCGCUGUAUCCGUAAUUCGUUUUAUCCGUAUAAGAAAUUCAUUAAAUUUAUAUAGCUGGGGAUCCAAGAAAAAUUCGCAAUAUCCGUGAAUUUGCUAUAUCCGUGUUCGUACUAAACUAGUUUUACUGUAUAUACAGCAAAACCCAUAGGUCUCGAAAAUUUUGUCUCGCUUAUAAAUGUCAAAUAACUGACUCUCGAAAAAUAAAAUGUCACGAAAAUAAAGUGAUCUACAGUAGUUUAUUGUUCUCUAUUUAUCUAAUGAUGUAAGUUAGAAAAAGAAGAGAAAUGUCGCAAUAACACAAAGAGUGAUUUUUUUAUCAAUGCUUUGAUGUUUAUGCUAAUCUACGUACCUAAGUAAUCCUAGUAACUUUAUAGUGUAUCUUUAUUGUUGAAUUCAGGAUUUCCACUUAAAUAGGGGGUGUGGGUGUCAAAUUAAAGCCGAAAUAUCUUAACAACAACAAUAUAUAUACAUAUACUAGACUUACUUAUAAGCUUAAGUUACUUAAGUAAAAAAUGACGCAUUUAAAUUUUUUAACUGAUUAAUAACUACAAUGUUAACUGAAGC